UUUCUCUAAUGCUGUAAUUUGCUCAUUCUCCAUUUCUGUGCCAAUUAUUGAUGCUUGUUGAAACGGGGAACCAUUGCCCUGCUGCGGCGAAUGUGCGGUGAAGUCUUGGACCUUCUUUACUAGCGAAAUUUGUGUUCGGUGCCGCCCUCCCACAGACAACCUGUCAUAUGUUUUGUUUGAAAGAUUACAUGCUUGUUUAAAACCUGAAAAAUGGCGUGGCGCUUCAAAGCUUCAAAGUACAAGAAUGCUGCACCAAUUGUGCCCAAACCAGAGGCAUGUAUCCGAGAUAUAUCUGUUGGUUCUUACCAAACCUAUGGUAAUAACAUAGCAGCCUCUGCAGCUUUCAUGGCAUUCAAUGUGGAUCACAAUGGUUCAAGUUUGGCUGUUCUGCCAAUUGAUGACUGCGGAAGGAAAAGCAAGACUAUGCCAUUGCUUCAUGCCCAUACAGACACUGUUACUGAUAUGGAUUUCUCUCCGUUUCAUGACGGGCUUCUGGCUACAGGAUCACAGGAUUGCUUGGUCAAGCUGUGGCACAUCCCAGAGAGUGGUCUUCAGGAAAGUUUGAGCAAUCCUCAGUGUGUUUUUUCUCAUAAACAGCGGCGUGUGGAAGCUGUUCGUUUUCAUCCCACGGCUGACUGCCUUCUAACUUCUACAUCAUACACAACUCUGACAUUGUGGGAUGUCGCUGCUCAGAAAGAGAUCUUUUCCAACAGUCAACAUUCAGAGGUGAUACAGUCUAUGAGCUGGAAGACAGAUGGUCGUCUCAUUGUUACUUCUUGCAAGGACAAAAAACUUCGUGUUUAUGACCCAAGGGCAACAACAAGCAUCACUCAUACCACUGAUAGCCACCAAAGCAUAAAAGAUUCAAGAGUUGUGUGGUUAGGUGACUCAAAUCGUAUUUUGACCACUGGUUUUGAUGCUGGAAGACUGAGACAAGUCUACAUCCGAGAUAUAAGAAAAUUUUCAGAGCCUGAAAAAUCGUUGGAGCUGGAUAGCUCAACUGGAAUUCUAAUGCCUCUCUUUGAUCCUGAUACAAACAUGCUAUUUCUUGCUGGCAAAGGUGACAUAACAAUCAUGUACAUGGAAGUUCUAGAUCGUGAACCAUUCCUUGUUGAAGGUAUUCGCCACUCUGGCGAACAAACAAAGGGUGCUUGCCUUGUUCCUAAACGGGCACUAGCUGUUAUGCAAGCUGAAGUUAACCGCUUGCUUCAGUUGACAUCAAGCUCUGUAAUUCCCAUCAUGUAUCAAGUUCCAAGAAAGUCGUACCGAGACUUCCAUGGUGAUCUUUUCCCUGAUACGGCUGGUUGUCAUUCACUCAGUUCAGCCAGCCAGUGGAGUGGUGGUGAUGACACUCCAGUGCCCAGAAUCAGUUUGGAUCCCAACAAAAAACUGGCUUCCCCGAUUCAUCGUGGUACACUUGCUCAGAUAGCUCAAGAUAUAAAAGAAAGAGAAAGAUCAUCUCUCAAACCCUCCCAUCCACAACCAAUAGUGAAAAAUAUAAAUCAAGGAUGGCUUAAAGAAAAAGAGAAUAGCCAGGAAAUAGUUUGUGGUGUAAAAGCAUUAAAGACUAAAUUGGAAACCAAGGGCAAUGACUUAUUGGAUGAUUCUGUUGAUGCUAAAAAUGUUCAGAAUGGAAGUGACCCUCACAAUGUACCACCCAAACCUUUGCCUCGUGCGUCUCGUAACGGAUCUUUGUCUGAGCUUAAUGAGGAAAUACCUCCUGUACCCAACAAUCCUGCUCCAUUAAUUACAACUCCAAAGCCUGUUGCACGUCCACGCUCCAGUACCACAGGAGUUGUGGUAGGUGGUGGAUACAAACCAAGACUGGGGCCCAAACCAUUCACACCACCUAAACUCAACUUUGGUGUUGGAUCUGGUGCUUCAGAGUCUGAUUUAGCUGUUUCUCAAAACACUGAUGAAGCAUUGGCACAGCGAAAUUCCCCUGAAGGAGCACCAGACACACCACCUUGUUGGUACAGCAAUGGUACUACUGAGCACACAAAUGGCUCCGAGAAAAAUGGCAAAGCUGAUAUGCACAGCCUCAAUGAAGAGUCUACUGGUUCUCCACCACACUCUGGUUCAUCCUCCCCAGAGAAGCCUAAAACACCGAGCACAUCAGAAAGAAGGAAGGUGUUCGAAAGUAGGGUUUCCUCAACAGAAAGCCAGCAAAAUGUCGACGGUGUCACUUCCGCCGUUGAUGGUGUCGUGUUGGAUGAUGUCAAAGGAGAUUUUGAUCGGAAUGCUUCUCAAAGAAGCUCAAUUGCAGAAAGACGUCGGCUUUAUGAAAGUCGCUCCAUGUCUAUUCAAGAUUCUGGUGCCAACAAAGCUAAAACGCCAUCUCCUACACCGUUGCGCCGGAAAGACUCUCUCAAGAAAAAUAACACUGAAGAUGAAGUAAGAAAGCCUGCUCCAUCUGUUCAACGUCAAAUGUCGCAUGAACCCACUAAAUCAGCUAAGCUUGACGCUGCUGUCACUCCAACACCCAAACGAACUUCAACAGUUUUUGGGAGAGUGUCGAAGUUUAGACACUUGAAAGGUAACCCAGGCCACAAAUCCACACACAUUGAAAAUAUCAGGAACAUCAGUCGACAGAUUUCUGGAGAGUGCGAUGGCUUUCAUGCCAACAAAGAUCGUGUUGCAGUGCCACUUAGUGGACCUGGAGGAAGAAUUGCUGUAUUAGAACUCAGCCGUGCAGGAAAACUAGCAGAUGGAGUAAUUCCUGCUCUUGUCCAUGGAGCUAAUGUUAUGGACUUUGCUUGGGACCCAUUCAACUGCAGCAGACUGGCAGUUGCUUGUGAUGAUGGAACAAUUAAAUUGUGGUUAAUCAAAGCAGGAGGACUAACUGAGCCAACCAAUGUCCCUGAUGCACAAUGGACAGCUCAUUCAGAAAAAAUUUAUUUUAUCAAGUUUCAUCCAGUAGCAAAGGAUGUUCUUGCAUCAUCCAGCUAUGAUAUGACAAUUCGCAUCUGGGAUCUUCAAACUCAGACUGAAAAAAUGUCUCUGUUGGGCCACACAGAUACGAUCUUCUGCAUGGCUUGGUCUCCUUGUGGAGCCUUUUGUGCCACAGUGUGCAAGGAUUUUAAAAUCAGAGUUUAUGAGCCAAGAGUGAGCUCUCAACCUGUUCGAGAAGGGAAGGGUCCCGCUGGUUCGCGUGGAGCACGAAUUGUGUGGGCACUUGAUGGAAAUUACAUUGUAGUGAUGGGAUUUGAUAAAGUAUCAGAGCGACAGCUGAGUGUAUACAAGUGCCAUGCUCUGAAUGUUCCAAUGAAUACUAUAGGACUGGACGUGUCCCCUUCCAUUUUGAUACCGUUCUAUGAUGAAGACAGUUCAACUCUCUUUGUGACGGGCAGAGGAGAUUCUACUUUAUAUGCAUUUGAGGUGUCAGAGGAAGCCCCUUUUCUCUGUCCUUUGAGCCACCAUCGUGCGGCAUCUCUUCACCAAGGAUUGUCCUUUUUACCCAAAAAUUGUUGUGAUGUGGCCAGUGUAGAGUUUGCUAAGGCCCUUCGUCUCACAAACAACUCAAUUGAACCUUUGAGCUUCACUGUUCCACGCAUCAAGUUGGAUCUUUUCCAAGAUGAUCUAUUCCCUGUCACUAAAGUCACUUGGGAGCCCACUAUGUCUGCUAAUGAGUGGUUUUCAGGAGUUCAGCGUCUCCCGAAAAGAAUUAGCUUGUGUCCACCGGGAAUGGAUUCAUUAUCAGACUCUCAGGGGGCUGCAGAGGUCUUGUCUACUGUUGCACCAGUAUCUUCAGCUGUAAAAGGCGCCAACUGUAUCAAUGCCAAUUCGAAAGCAGGAUGGAGUGAAGAUCUAUCGGGAUCGAAACGGAGAACAGAGCAGAUUCAACAAUCAAUGAGUAACCGUGUUGAAAUGAACAUGAAACUUGAACAAGAUGAUAUGGAAGGAGUAGAUGAGAAAGAAUGGGAUGAUUGAGGGAGGUCUUUGGCAUCUCAAAAGUUGAAAGUUGUUUACAAAUCAUUCAACUCAGAUAAAGUUAACUCAGUUUUACUAUGUGUAGACUCACUACAUGAUACUCUGCACUUAUCUUAAAGUUUUGCUACAAUAUUAUAAAUAUGUACCAUCUAUCAAACAGCAGGCAUACUUCCUCUUUAAUUUAUCUUAUGGUACUGCGGAAGGGCUAUUUUGGUGUAAUGCUCUUUGAUAUUCCCUUCAAGCCAUGAAUUUUACCCUCUGGGUUCCUGAAGUUCUGAGAUUGCACAUCUAUGAUGCCAUAAAAGAUACUUAUCAUAACCGUAGCCACUUAUUUGUUGAGUUUUUAAUUUUUUUUAAAUAAUGUUCUGAAGCUAUUAAUGUUUUAUGUUUUGUGAUAUUUUUCAGUCUUCAGUGUUCCUCUCCUUCUUUGUAAAGACUUCAUCCACAGGAAUGUAUUAUUUAGAGAGAUUUAUCUUUCUUACCUUAAUUAAACUCAUCUAGACUUCUGCACAGUUGAAUCUGUCAUCAGAGGUUAAAUAGGAUUAGAAGAUACCUACACCCUGAUAUUAGAGCCAAUCCUUUGUUGUGGCAUUUCUCUCUGAUGUUGAAAAGUAUACUGCAUUGCUGUAUUUUGUAUAUUAACUGAGAGCAUUCCUUUUACAUGCAUACCAUAUAAUAAUCAGCUUUUUAAUUCUUGUGUCAAAUGUACCUUUGACUGAGCUUAAAUGUUUUGCGCAUCUCAUUCAUUUUCAAUGAACAUUGAGGUUUUUUGAUUAUUAUUUUUUUUCAAUUUUUUGUGGUGAUUGGAAGACUGAGAAAGGGUUCAUAUUAACAUGUAUGUACUGUCCUCCAUUUAAGUGUUUGUCACUCCAUAAUUAUAUUGGUUGCCAAACCAAUUUUUUCCCUUGAAACAAUGAAAACAUGCAGUUUUGCAUAAUCUCUUGUUGAAUAUCAAGUGAAUCCUUGCAUCAUUUUUGGUUGUCACAUUCUCAUGAAUGUGUGAUGUGUACAUUCCAGUUAAAAUCCACUUUUAGUCCUGAUUCUUGGGACCAUAAAAUCUUGUCUGCUCAUCUACAUUUUCAAAGAUUGUUUAAUGUAAUAAUUCAGAUUUUAAAAUUGCUAUGUGAUUGAUGACACCCUCCUGUGUAUAUCAAACAGCUGGUAGCUGUUUUUUUUGUUUCAUUAAGUGUAUAUUUUCAUAAUGUGCUAGUCUGCGCUUGAUUCUAGUCCCCUAUGGUAAAUAAUCCUUGUUAGAAUAUACUUAGGGGAGUUAGCUCAUUAUUUGGAUAGGUAAAAUUUUUAUUGUGAAAAAUGGAAUUGGAAAAUCUACUCCUCCUUUUCUCUCUCCUGUUUAAUAAAUUUAAUGAGCUGUCCAUAAUUGUGAUGUGACAUUUCAAGGUUACUUAGAUCUGUGUGUGUUGUAUUCUACUGUGAAAUUCCAUCAAAUUAGCUUAUUUUUCUGUAAGUGGUAGAUCAAAUGGUGCACUACUUGAACUGUCGUCAGCCUCAGGCAGUCUUUUCCCUAAUGAUUGUUUGUGCUCUCUGUAUUUGCUCAUACAUGAACUGCCAUCAUUGAACAAUGUUGUUAAACCUUUUUAUGUUUACAUACAGUAUAUAUUUCUUUCUUUCCUAGGGA